CCGGAAGAUAUACUGUAAAAAUGCGAAUUCGUUUCGCACAGGAAAACAUUUUCAUUCCGUUUUGAACUGUGAAGAUGGCAAACAGGACGGUUAAAGAUGCCAACAGUAUACAUGGAACAAAUCCACAAUACUUGGUAGAGAAAAUUAUUCGUACUCGAAUCUAUGAAUCAAAAUACUGGAAAGAAGAAUGCUUUGGACUGACGGCUGAGCUUGUCGUUGACAAAGCCAUGGCGCUGAAGUUUGUCGGUGGAGUUUAUGGCGGAAAUAUCAAACCGACACCGUUCCUGUGUCUCACUCUGAAGAUGCUGCAGAUCCAGCCAGAGAAAGACAUCAUUGUAGAAUUUAUCAAAAACGAGGAUUUCAAAUAUGUCCGCUUGCUUGGCGCCAUGUACAUGAGGUUGACUGGGACAUCAGUGGAUUGCUACAAAUACCUGGAACCACUGUACAACGACUACAGAAAAAUCAAGAGUCAGAACCGAAAUGGGGAGUUUGAGCUGCAACACGUCGAUGAGUUUAUUGAUGAACUGCUACACUCUGAGAGAAUGUGUGACAUAAUCCUUCCCAGGCUUCAGAAAAGGCAGGUUCUUGAGGAGGCGGAGCUGUUAGACACGCGCAUCAGUGCCCUGGAAGAAGACCUGGAUGAGGUGGAGACCAGCGAAGAGGAAGAUGAGGAGGAGGAGAAGACAGAGAGAGUUCAGACCCCAGAGCCCCACAGACGGAGUUACCGAGACAACGAUCGGCCUCGCCGCUCGCCCUCUCCACGCUACAGACGCAGCAGUCGUUCACCCAGACGGAGGAGCAGAUCACCUAAGAGACGAAGCCCAUCCCCCAGGCGAGAACGUCACCGCAGCAAAAGCCCCCGUCGCCACCGCUCCCGAGAGAGACGUCACCGCUCGAAGUCCCCAGGGCAUCACAGAAGCCACAGGCAUCGCAGUCACUCCAAAACCCCAGAGAGGAGUUCAAAAAAGAGCCACAAGAAGAGUCGAAGAGGAAACGUGUGAUCCACUUUGUAUUUUGUUCUCUUUGACAGUUCCUUUUUUUGACUUGGACAUUAAUGUGGCCAAAUUUGUACGGAAUCCCUUGUAUUUUGUUUGAGAAAGUAAUUGCAUUUUAAGAUAUUUUCAGACCAUGUAGCAGAAAGAAUCCAUUUCAAUUUUAUUUCUAAAAUCUGCAGCUCAUAUAGAACUGUCCACAACCCUAUGUAUCAGUGAAUAAAGUUGCUUGGUGGUUUGAA